GCGAUUUCAUAACGACUGGCACGGAUAUUGUUGAAGAAGGUCGCUGAAUGUCAUCGCGUUGUGAGGAAACCUGUCUCAAAAGGAAGCGAUUAAUUUCGUGUUUUAGGGGAUGAGAUUAGGGACAUCAUAACAGAUCUUGUUAAACGGACUGUGGGAUUAUAAACACGUGGGGCGAGCCUAUAGAGACAGACAAAAUACACUUAACGGUGAGAUAUUUUUUACAAAGGAUCCGACCGGCAAACCGUGAUUUGUGAAAGAGCGCAUUGUAGCUGAUGCGAGGAGAAACUGCACGGAUUUAUUACCGGUAGUACACGUGCGAGAAUAGUGACUCUUUUAUAACGAAACGACAUCAAAUGGUGAUAAUCGGAGUAAGCUGUCAAAGCUAGCUAUUUCUACAGUGGAAGGAGAACUAAAGAGGACAAAAUGGGGAAAAUAUUUAGCAAGAAGAACCAAUCAUAUGACAUGACCAAGAAUGGUGGGUCUGCCGUGGACGAUUCGGGGAAGGUUACGGGGGGAGCACCAAAGGAAACCUUUGUUGGAACGGGAGGAGCUGAGGGUGGAAAGGCAGAAGAAGUCCAAACCAAGGUUGGAGAAGAAAGUAAACCGGCAGAGAGCCCAGCUGAGCCAGCGGCAGCUGCAGCAGCAGCGGCCAGCCCUGCCCCACAAGAAGCUGGGGGUGAGUCUAACGCAGCAGCCCCGGAAGCAGCCAGCCAAGACGACAAACCAGCCCAGGAACCAGCUGAAGUGAAGCCAGCAGAAGAGACAUCAACCAAAGAGGAAUCUCCUGCAGUAGAACCUCCAGCAGCAGCAGCAGCAGCAGUGGUUGAACAGAAAUCGGAAGAACCUGCACCUGAGGAGCCUAAAGCAGAAGCAGAAGCAGCAGCAGCAUCACCAGAACCAGUAUCAACAGAACCAGAACCAUCAGUACCAUCAACCCAAGCAGAGGAACCUGCCCCUUCACCAGCAGAACCUGAGCCUGUCAAAGAGGAAGCACCUUCAGAACCAUCCCAACCAGAGCAGGUACCAUCAGAACCUGAACAAACCCCUUCUGCACCCGUUGUAAUUGCACCCAUUGUAAUUGCACCCGCAGAGCCCUCACCCGAAACCCCUGCACUAGUUGAAACUACCCCUGAGGAACCAUCCCAGCCAGAACCAGAACCAGAACCAGAAGCAGCAGCAGCAGAACCUACUCCAGAACCUACUCCAGAACCUACUCCAGAACCUACUCCAGAACCUACUCCAGAAACAACACCAGAACCAACACCAGAACCAGAAGCACCAGUAGUAGAACCAGUAGCACCAGUAGAAGAACCUGCCCAGGAACCCACACCAGAACCCACUCCAGAACCAACACCUGAAGCUGCACCUGAAGCCACACCUAUGCCUGUAGAGGAACCAACCCCAGUAGAAGAACCAACCCCAGUAGAAGAACCAACCCCAGUAGAAGAGCCAACUCCAGAACCAGUCCAGGCAGAGCAAGAGCCGGUAGAAAGCACACCAUCAGAAGACCAGACCCCAGAACAGGUUCCCCAGGAUGUUCCCUCUGACACCCCAGACACGCCCCAAGAACCCACACCUGCACAAAUAGAUUCAGUGGAGGAAUCAAAAGCAGAAGAGCCAUCGGAACCAGCUGCAGCAGAACCCACAGUAACUGAGGUACCAUCAGAGACGCCGGUUGAGACACCAUCAGAGACACCCGUAGAAACUCCAGCUGAAGCACCCGUAGAAACACCAGCCGAAGCACCGGUGGAAACACCAGCCGUAGCGCCGGUAGAAACACCAGCCGAAGCUCCAGUGGAAACACCAGCCGAAGCACCAGUAGAGAUUCCUGCUGAGACACCAGUAGAAACACCAGCCGAAACACCAGCAGAAGUACCUGCAGAAACACCAGCUGAAACACCAGCAGAAGUACCAGCCGAAACACCAGUUGAAACACCGGCAGAAACACCAGCAGAAGUACCUGUAGAAACACUGGCUGAAACACCAGUAGAAACACCAGCAGAAACACCAGCAGAAACCCCAGCAGAAACACCAGCAGAAACACCAGCAGAAACACCAGCAGAAACACCAGAUGUAGUACCAGUUGAGCCUGCAGCAGAGCCUGAGCCAGCAAAAAAUGAGACUGCUCCAGAAGAGCCAGCAGCGAGCUUGGAGACCAGCGAGCCAGAGGUCAACGGAGAUGCUGCCCCCACCAGUGAAGCCCCCGCCCCUGAGGCUGAGGCUGAUCAGCCAGCAGAGACCCCCGCUCCAGAGGAACCCAGUGAGCCCAGCAAGGAGGCUGCAGCUGAAGCCAAAGAGGCAGAUGAGAGUUCUGUUGCAGCAGUAGCAGCAGUUACAAAUGGACCAUCAGGAGACCAAGCCAGCGAGGAGAAGAAGACGUCCGUUGAGUUCCGCUGGGAGGAGGGCGGAGAAGAGGUCUUUGUGACCGGUAGCUUCAGUGACUGGAAAGAAAGGGUACAACUUACACAAGUUGAUGGCUGCUUCAGUGUGAAAAUGGACCUCCUGGCGGGAGACUACAGCUACAAGUUUGUAGUCGAUGGUGAGGACAAGGUUGACGCCAAGAAGACCACCGUAGAGGGCGAACUUGGUCUGAACAACACCAUCAACGUGGCAUGAAUGCAGCAUAGUCAGUCGUAGAGAAAAUGUCCGUAAACGCUCUGCCGAAAAGCUACAUGUAAUCCUGCAGCUUCUUCGUCAUGUACUGUUACUUAUACUAGAAUUUGUGUUUAAAGAUCGUGGGAACCCAUUUUCGAUUUGUUUCUUGACGAAGGGGAAAAGAAGAAGAGAGAAAGAAGAAAAAAUAGACAGAAAAAAUAAUGCCACUUUCAGUCAUUCCCUUGUAAUUAUGGCUGUGAGGUUAAACAUUCUUAAAAUGAUAUGUGUUCAUUUUUUGAAAAUUGAUUGGAGGUCAAUAGCCUCCCUUAAGCCUAUUUUACACAUAUGGCAUGGAAAAAAAAUAAUCAUGUAUUCUUUAUAUCUCCUGUUUUUAUAUAUCCAUUGUAAAUCCAAUUAAUAUUCAUUGAUUAUUUAAUUGAAUAUUUGAAAUGAUUCCCAAGUGUACAGUUAUUUUGCAACAGAAUACAAUGUACAUUUAAUAUUAUGGUUGAGCCAAAGCCUUUUGCUAGUACUUCUAGAAAAAUCUUACUUUUGUCCCAAUGUGGAUAAAAGUGAUAGCUUGGAGUCCUUGAAAGCUAUAUCCUACAUGGCUUGAAGGAAUGCGUCCUUUUGAAAAACAAGUUUUGUUAAACAUUGUGCUCAUGAAGAUGAACUGUGUAAGAUAAUAAAUGGAAAUGCUAUUAAAGUCUAGUAUUGCAUGUGCAUAUGAAUCUUUGUUUUAAUGUCCAGUCGAUGUGCCAAUUUGAUUCUUUGUUCCACCUACAUUGGUUUGGCUUUAAGCUUGAUCUUAUGUAGGACUCUUCGGAGAUCAUAUUAUACGCAAUGUGAAUUUGUCUUUGAGUUGUAGACUUGGUUGAUAAAAGGAACAGGUAGGUUAGGUUUAUAAUUAAUUAGAUUCUUUACAAAAUCUAUGAUUUUUGACGACUGCCUUAAAUUAGAGUAAUUCAGUUGAGGUGCAGGGUUAUCUUUUCAAAUUUACAAGUUGGGGAAUAUGCUUUUAUUGUUUAUGUAUUAGAAAGAGUUAUAGCCAGGAUCAAAAGGAACAAAAAUGGUGUAUUUAUGGUUUGAAGGUAGUAGCCCCAGCACAUCGGUUCACCUUAAUUUGCAUAUAUUAUAUAUACAUCAAAGUGUCCUAAUAUUUAUGAAUUAUCGUAAUUGUACUGUUUGGUGUAAUCAUUUAUUCUGUAUACAUGCAUUUUCUAUUUAAAUGAUUAUUUUUUAGUAGCCUUUAUUGUAGAUGUUAUUAGAUAAUUAGAUUGUCGAUUGUAUUGUAUAACUUUAGGUUAGAUGUAGCUAGCGCAUUGGACACAAUUUGUAAUUCAGUAUUUUGAUGACAUUUGCAAAAAGCACUGCAAUUAUUUCAAACAGUAAAAACUGCAUACAUCAAAGUGCCUGUGUAAUGUUUUUGUAACAGUUAUUGUAUGGUAUCAUGGUAAUGGAAAUUGACACAGCGUUAAGCAUUAAUCCUUAAUGGAUAUUGAAGUCUCUACUGGAAAAUGCCAUUGUAUUUUAUACGUUUAAAUGUUUCUAAUGGCGGAAUCGGUCAAAUAGAGGCUAAAUAAACAAGUAUCAUUUAAACACACUGCAUAUGAAAAUCAAGUGAUAUUUCUCAAGAAGUUUGGUUGUGCCUCUCAAUUUACAUACAGGUUCUAUGCAUUUUCCCAACUCUGUAUCUGCACUGGAUCUUAUCAGGACAUCACGGUGUCUUUCUUGAAACAGCCCUAUUCAUUAGGGAUCAUUGUGAGAGAUUUUACUUCUCUAGCAGCAAGAAAUUAUUUAAGAACAGUUUUAAGUCAAGACUUGAUCUGAUAUUUUUUUCAAAACCAAAAUAGUGUGGAAAUUUAUGAUGGACUGGACAGAAAAAAAUGCAGUUAUGAUUUGAUCACCAAACGGUAUUAGCAAUAAACCUCACCACCCAGGGUCGCCAUUUUGUUUUUGUGCCUUGAUCUACUGAGCAUUCAGAAGCCAAGUAUCAAUAUUAAGAAAUGCUGUUUUCUUUUGAUUUUUUUUUGUAGUCCGUUUUAUUUUCACCAACCAAAAUCAUCACGUGUGCUAUGUAUAGUGCCUUGCCAAAGCCUAAAUGGAUGUUCCAAUAUACAUGCGAUGAAUUUCAUCACAUUUCAUGCAAUUCAGAAAUCAUGAUAUAGUGCUUUAUUCUGUUAUGAAUGUCAAUUUUCUUUUUCAGAUUGAUAGAAUCUUGCCUCUAUUAUUUUACCUAGCCAAAUUUGGACGACUCAUGAUCAACCUGUGCAUUAUAUAAUUAUUUAUCUUUUGAUUUCAUGAUACUAUGUAUGUACAAUGUACUUUGUAUGAUGUCAAUAAAUUUUUCUUUUUUUCUCUGUGAAUCCUAGUUAUAGUAGAUAUUAUGUAUUACUCUGACCUGCUAGUGUAUACUGCAAAUCGACUACAAUAUCAAAUCAAAUAAAUUGAAUAAAUAUCACAUAAAUUCUCGGCCAUUAAAGGUAAUCUAGUAUUUUUGUGGUUCAUCAUUGGUCUUGUGUCUCGUUGAUGUGACUGGGGUAAUAGUCUAGGCAUCAAUAUUCAUUUUGUUUGUUAACUUAAUACAUUCAUAAAGCAAGGAUGAGCAUUGGCGAACAAACCACCACCAUCAUCACUUACAAUUCUGGGAUUUAGAAAAUGGAAUUUAAAUACAUUUUGAAUGGUUACCAGUAACCCUGCCAGUCUAGGUACUAAUAAAAGCUUAUUUGUUAAAGUUUAUUGCAAGAAAAUUUGUUUCUUAUCAGCGGAAUGGAACAUUUGCAGGGCAGUGAAAUCAAUGUUGUUUUUGUUCAUGUGCUGUAUGAUUUAUUCUUUAUGUAUUUUUUAUCACCAGAUAAAGCGAAAUAGACCUCAUAAAUGUCCAAGCAGAUAAAUUGCACCUGUAUUUUUGAAAAUGAAAAUACUUGUAUAGUUAAUUUUUGGAGUGAGCUCUAAUUAUUGGCAUUCAAGCCUCAAAACAAGUCUUUGCUUUAUUAAGUAAUCUUUUUGUCCAUUGCAGCCUUGCUUUUGGUGCAGUUUGAAAUGGACAUUACUUUCUCACAUAAGGAAAUAACUUUACAACUUUUGGAAAUGUUUAUACUAGGGAUUGAUUAAAUGAAAAUACACAUAUUGUCAAGAACAAUAAAUUUAGUAUGUUGGAAGGAAUGGUGAAAGAAAAGGUAAUGUUCGUUUCCAAAUGAAACAAGUUUCAUGAGGCAAAAAAACAACUACAUCAAUAACGUUCAUAUUCCAGUUCCCGAAUAUUCAAUAUAUAACCCUACAUCACAAUGAAUGAGGUGGGAAUGUGCAAGUAUGAUGUAAGGCAUUAUUAUGUAUGGAAACUGAAGUUUUUCUUGGUGUUCGUUUCAAAGUGACCAAUUAAUAUAUCCCUGCCUACUUGAAUCCAAACUGCUCCUUCCUCCUCUUUCAAAUUUCUCUGUUUUUCGCUCUCUUUAUGUUCCUUAGAUUUUCCUAUCCACUUUCCAUUGCCUUUACUUCUCUUAGGUGGUUCCAUUUAGACAUGAUAUAUAUUAUAUCUUUAUGUUUUAUUUGUGGGAUAACAUGAAAGAAAAUGUUGUUCUCACGAAGAAAAGUUAGCAGAAUUAAGAGUUGUCACAUUAAAUGCCAUCACAAAUGAUAGUAUUACAUAGGAUGCUUUAAAAAUGGUUGGUUGCUUUCGACUGUAGCAAGAUGUACAGUGCAUUUUUGUCUGUAAAUUUGCAAUAACACAGCAAAAGAAAGUGUACUUCGCUAUUAAACAUGCCUUUUAGUUGUACUUCAUGCUUAUGUAUUAACCAAUAACACGUGCACGUUGGAAUGGUAAAUAAUGACAAUUACUGACUUGAUUUUGAGCUAAUGAGGUACCUUGUAUCUAUACCCACAAUAAAAUGUUAUUCAAUGAG